CUGCGAAUGCCAACUGUUGCAACUAUUUUGGUUUGAUUCUUCUCGAUCUUAUUUAUAUAUAGAACAGCGCAGCAGCCGGUUGAAUUUUCUCACACAGCGUGCUUGAUUUUCCCGCUAUCUAUCUGUAAUUGUAUCUGUGUGUAUUCGACAGCGAUCGAGAAGUUUCUGGCAAUUGAAAAUUAGGCCAAAAGGCACAAAACCAUUUGGAAUCAAAAUUGUGUAACGAUGACGAAUACCAUAAGCAGUGAGGAAGUAUCCGAGGCGGGGAGCUACAAGGAUAAGGGCAACGAGGCCUUUAAAGCCUCCCGCUGGGAGGAGGCAGUGCAGCACUACAGUACUGCCAUUAAGUUGGGUUCAAAGCACAAGGAGCUACCGGUUUUCUACAAAAAUCGUGCUGCUGCCUAUCUAAAGCUGGAAAAGUAUGAAAAUGCUGUUGACGACUGCACCGAAUCUUUGAAAGCGGCACCAGGAGACCCCAAAGCACUUUUUCGCAGGGCGCAGGCCUAUGAGGCUCUAGAAAAGUUCGAGGAAGCCUACAAAGAUGGCACUGCUUUGUUCAAGGCUGAUCCCGGCAACAAAACCGUACAGCCAAUGCUUCAGAGGCUGCAUGUCAUUGUAGAGGAGCGAUUGGCCCGCAAUGCCAAGACUUCCACGAAAGUUAAGCAGAUGAUGGAUCUUACCUUUGAUUUGGCCACCCCCAUUGAUAAGCGUCGAUCCGCUGCCAAUAAUCUGGUAGUUUUGGCCAAGGAGCAGACCGGUGCCGAACUCCUCUAUAAGGAUCACUGCAUUACCAAAGUAGCUUCGUUGACUAAGGUGGAAAAAGAUCAGGACAUCUAUGUGAACAUGGUGCGAGUGGUUGCUGCUCUCUGCGAAAAUAGCGUGGAGCGUACAAAAGCAGUUUUAACGGAACUUGGAGUACCUUGGUUCCUGAGAGUUCUUGACCAGAAACACGAGGACUGUGUGUCCACCGCCCAAUUUUGCUUGCAAACAAUCUUAAACGCGUUAUCUGGACUUAAGAACAAAACAGAUUCGAAGCCAAACAAGGAGCUGUGCUCCAAGAACAACCGCGAAAUAGACACUCUUCUUACCUGCCUGGUUUAUAGUAUCACUGAUCGCACGAUUUCCGGUGCAGCUAGGGAUGCUGUAAUGGAACUGAUCACCAGGAAUGUUCACUACACGGCUUUGGAGUGGGCCGAGCGCCUAGUGGAGAUCAGGGGUCUUUGCCGCCUGUUGGAUGUCUGUUCUGAACUUGCAGAUUAUAAGUACGAGAGUGCCAUGGAUAUAACCGGCUCCUCAUCCACAAUUGCUUCCGUUUGUCUGGCCCGCAUCUAUGAGAACAUGUACUAUGAUGAAGCCAAGCUUAGGUUCACCGACCAAAUCGAUGAGUACAUCAAGGACAAGCUUUUGGCUCCUGAUAUGGAGUCCAAAGUGCGGGUCACCGUAGCGAUUACUGCCCUGCUCAACGGUCCAUUGGAUGUAGGCAAUCAGGUUGUGGCCAGAGAUGGUAUCCUGCAGAUGAUUCUUGCCAUGGCCACCACUGACGAUGAGUUGCAGCAGCGUGUGGCCUGUGAGUGCCUAAUCGCCGCUUCUUCUAAAAAGGAUAAAGCCAAGGCUCUUUGCGAGCAGGGUGUGGACAUCCUGAAGCGCCUCUAUCACUCCAAGAACGAUGGAGUUCGAGUGCGCGCCCUGGUUGGUCUGUGCAAGUUGGGUAGUUAUGGAGGCCAGGAUGCAGCUAUUCGUCCAUUUGGCGAUGGAGCCGCUCUGAAAUUGGCGGAAGCAUGCCGUCGGUUCCUGAUCAAGCCUGGAAAGGAUAGGGAUAUCCGCCGUUGGGCUGCCGAUGGUCUGGCUUACCUAACCCUCGAUGCUGAAUGUAAGGAGAAGCUUAUUGAGGAUAAGGCUUCCAUUCAUGCUUUGAUGGAUUUGGCGCGUGCUGGAAAUCAGUCGUGCCUUUAUGGUGUUGUGACUACUUUUGUAAAUCUGUGCAAUGCUUAUGAGAAGCAGGAGCUAUUGCCAGAGAUGGUGGAACUGGCUAAGUUCGCCAAGCAGCACAUACCGGAGGAGCACGAGCUGGAUGAUGUCGAUUUUAUCAACAAGCGUAUUACUGUGCUGGCAAAUGAGGGUAUUACAACUGCUUUGUGUGCUCUGUCCAAAACGGAAAGCCAUAAUUCGCAGGAACUGAUUGCGAGGGUCUUGAACUCAGUUUGUGGACUGAAAGAGUUACGCGGAAAGGUGGUCCAAGAAGGAGGUGUAAAGGCGCUGCUUCGCAUGGCGCUUGAGGGAACUGCAAAAGGAAAACGUCAUGCUACUCAGGCGUUGGCCAGGAUUGGAAUAACCAUUAAUCCAGAAGUGUCUUUUAGCGGUCAGCGAUCGCUUGAUGUAAUCCGUCCCUUGCUAAACCUUCUGGAGCAGGACUGUACGGCGCUGGAGAACUUUGAAUCUCUAAUGGCGCUCACCAAUCUGGCCAGCCUUAACGAAAGCGUUCGGCAAAGGAUCAUCAAGGAGCAAGGCCUGUCAAAGAUAGAGUUCUAUCUGAUGGAGGAUCAUCUUUAUCUCACUCGUGCAGCUGCCCAAUGUCUCUGCAAUCUGGUUAUGAGCGAGGAUGUUGUAAAAAUGUUCGAAGGCAAUAACGACCGGGUGAAGUUUUUGGCCCUGCUCAGCGAGGAUGAGGACGAGGAAACGGCCACGGCCUGUGCCGGAGCUCUGGCCAUGCUAACUUCGGUGUCUGUCAAGUGCUGCGAGAAGAUCCUGGCCAUCGCCAGUUGGCUAGACAUUCUCCACACUCUGAUUGCCAAUCCUAGUCCGGCAGUACAGCACCGUGGCAUUGUGGUAAUUUUGAACAUGAUCAACGCUGGUGAGGAAAUCGCCAAGAAACUGUUUGAAACGGACAUCAUGGAGCUGUUGAGCGGCUUAGGGCAGUUGCCAGAUGAUACCCGUGCCAAAGCCCGAGAGGUGGCCAUCCAAUGUCUGGCGGCGGCGGAACGUUAUCGAAUCAUCGAGCGUUCCGACGACGCGGAGAUCCCUGACGUGUUCGCCGAAAGUGCCAAGAUAACAGAGAUAAUCGAUGAUUAAACGAAUUCGUUGUUGUCUGACCCUUCUGUGCCUUUUCUUCCUCUCUCACUUCAUUUUCUUUGCCUAUACUCAUGACGUCAUCCCGAAACUUAAUUUAUUUUCUGCAAAAGUGUAUUCAAUUUGUUUUAUAAAUAUUUUACGAAUUUAUUAUUAAAUUCACUAAAAACUGUUUCGUUUUUGAA